AUGUCUGGCUGGGGGAUGGGUUGGUUUGGCGGUGGAGCGGCGAAAAAGAAGGAUGCGCCCAAGAACGCCAUCCUGCAGCUGCGCGGUCAGCUGGAGAUGCUGUCCAAGCGGGAGAAGCACCUGCAGCACCAGAUGGACGAGCAGGACGCUCUUGCGCGAAAGCACGUCAGCUCCAACAAGACCGCUGCCAAGUCUGCGCUGAGGCGUAAGAAGCAGUUUGAGCACUCGCUCGAGCAGACCCAGAGCCAGAUAAUGACGCUGGAGCGCGAGAUUUACUCGAUCGAGACGGCCAAUAUCAACAAGGAGACUCUCGACGCCAUGAGGAACGCCGGUGCCGCUAUGAAGCAGAUUCACGGCAGCCUUACCAUCGACAAGGUGGACCAGACCAUGGAGGAGCUACGGGAGCAACACGCCAUUGGCGAGGAAAUCUCCGAGGCCAUUGCAGCGCCCCUGGGCCAGACGCUCGACGAGGACGAGCUGGACGACGAGCUCGCCGAGCUGCAGCAGGAGGAGUUGGACAACAAGAUGCUGGAGACUGGCCAGGUCCCUGUUUCGGACACGGUUUCGAGAUUACCGACGGGUCCCCAAGGAGCGCUCCCUGGCAAGAAGCAGGCCGAAGAGGACGACGAGGAAGAGGAGCUACGGAAGCUUCAAGCCGAGAUGGCCAUGUAA